CUUUUGCAAUAGAAACUAUCAAGCGAUCAUUACAGGUUUCAAAUCUACAUACUCGAGUUUGAACCCCUCAGCCUAUAGCUCACAAGAAAUUUCAGCAGAACUAUUACGUAGAAUGUUCACUUUGGGAGCUAGGAUGGUGAGAAAGUCUUAAGGCUGUUUUGGCCCUGAAUUCAGCUACUACUACAGCACAAGACAUGGCAACAGAAGCUGAUAUUCCAGAAACAAUAUUUGUAAAGAAAAAAGAAGAGGAAGACAAAGAGUUGACAAGUGAGUGCCUCAAUACAACUGUCAACGAGAUUUCUCAAGAGGGAAUGAAUAAAGUUGAACCAUGGCAUAAUCAAACCCCUGAAACCAUUAAAUUCUUGGAAAAAUCAGCAGACAUGCAAGUGGCAACCAAAACUGAGGUUCAAAAUGUGAAUGCUGUUAUUGAAGGCAAUGUUGAAACCAUAGAGGGUGAAUUUUUUUUGGCAUCACCCUUAGUCACUAAGGUUGCUCGUGAAGAAACCAGUAGAGUUGCAGAAGAUUAUCAGGCUGCUGAAAAACCAACUCAGGCAGAAAAGGAGGUGCCGAAGAAUGAAACCAUAAGGGAAGAUAAACUAGAGAAUCAAAAUGUUGAAAUUGUUGAAAACAAAGAGGCUUCACUGGAAAAAUUCAAAUGGAAUACCGACAAAGAACUGAGAAGUUCAGAGAAGGAUGAGAAAGGAGUCACAAUGACAGAAGAAAAAACUGAUUUUGAAUCCAUUAAACAGACUCUGGACAUGCUAGAGGCCAGCUCUGGUCAAAAUGCAGGAGCUCUGGUUCAAACCCCAGAUUUGACAGAAGACGAGAAUAUCGAUAGUGGAAAACUAAAAGAGGCUUAUGACAAAGAGGACAGUAUUGACAAUGCCUUCAGCACAAAGACAACAUCCACUGAAGAAAACGUAAGAGAAACAAGCUUUCAAGGAGGAACAGAGAAGGAACCAGAGGCUUCCUUCCAUUCAAUGAGUAAGGCGAUGGAUCUUGAAGCAAUACAACCAAAUAAAAAUAUUGAGAACAAGAAGAAUGAAGGAGAGGAAAUGCUGCAUGAAGCCACCAAGGAUGUUUGUAUCUCAACAGAAACAGCAAGCCCAGAUAAUCAAAAGGAAGAAGAGGAAACAGAAAAUUGUACAGGUCCAAAUGACAAGACUGGCAGCCCAUUGGUUACUACCCCAAUAGAUGAGAUGAGCUCAGAAAAUGCUGGACUUGAUGUAGGUGGGAAGCUUGAAGAGAACUCCAGUAUUGCAUUUGAGGAGAGAAGCCAUGAAGCAGUUGAACCAAUGGAGAAGAUGAGAAGCAUGACUUUUAUUCAAGAUGAGAUUCAAGACGUACCUGAAACUGGGUCAGAAGGUAUUGCCAAGAAGAGACAGAAUGAAUCUCAAAUAGAAAUUCCUGAAAAUACUGUUAUAGCCGAUAGCAGUCUAAGUAGGACAUAUGAGGAUCGUGGAAAUCCUGAACCAAAAGUUGAUAGCUCAUUCAUGAAACAUGAAGAUAGUUCACAUAAAGAAGGUGAGGAACUGGCUCCAGAAGAAGCUUCAACAGUGGAAUACGGAGAAGACAGACAAUCAAUUAUAGUUGAAGACAACAUUGAGGCUGCAGAGCACAGCAAAAGUGAAAUGUCAGAACACAGGAAACACCCAGAGCAUAGCUUCUUGCCAGAAAAUGAACCAGGAAAGGAGAAACUUGAAAACUCCUUGGAUAUGGCUUCUGAGAAAAUUGAAUCAACUGCUUCCAAUGAAUAUGCCGAAACAAAUACUCAGGUCAAGGAGCAGAGACCGAUUGAAAGUCCUGAAGACAUCCUCGACAAAACCAGAAAGGGCGAUGCAAUAAAUGCUGAUGACAUCAACAAGAAGGAAAUUCCAGAAGAAAAGACUCUCGCAACAGUUUAUUUGAGUGAGAAGACUGAAAGUGCAGAAGUUGAGAUCCCAAACAAGAAUGCCAAUGAUUUGUAUGUUACCAAUCCACAGGUUGAAGUACCAGUACAAAUGGGAGGUGAAAACCUGGACAAAGUCCCCACAUCAGUAUUAGAUGAACAAAUUCAAGAAGCCGAUGUAGUUCCCAUAGAAGAGAACACGCGUGUUAAUGAAGCAUAUGAAGCAAGAAAUAGACUAAAGAGCGAUAAUUUAGAUCAAACAGCCUCUGAAGGAAAACUAGCAGGGGAACUGACAUCAGGAGUAAGGGAGAUGGAAGAUGAUAGACUUGGAAAGGUUGAGAUGGACUCUGAAGAGAAAUUACAGGUCAAGGAUGCUGCAAACAACACAAAAGAGGAGAUGCAGCUGGAAGAAGAAGUUACUGAUACAGAAUUACAAAGCAUUACAACAAAAGGUGAUAACGAGAAAAGCAAUACCGAUCAAGAUGUUCCCGUCAAGGGCAGCAACACAAUUUGCUCUGGAGAAGGAGCAGAUGGACGAAACUUUCAAGAGAAUGAAAAUGGGACAAACAAUUCUGAAGCAACAGCAUCUGAAUUGAAUGACGGAGAUUGGUGUUACGAAGUCGAUAAUGAGACAGACAACAAUGACAGAGAUAUAAAUAAAGAGGUGUAUGAGAAUCGUAAUAUAGCUGACAUGAAUGAGUGCACUGAAAAACAAAUAAAAGAAGAAGAAACUGUUACAGAUCACUCACCAGAAUCCACUGCUGAAGAAACAACUAGGGACUUUCAAGAAGAAAAAAUGGAGACAGAGAAGCACAAAGCAGAGAUGGAAGAGGAACUUGGAACUGCGAACACAUGUGAGGGUAUUGAGAAAAAAGUUACAGCCACGGAAAAGAGAAUUCAACAGCAGUCUAUGGUGUCCAUUGAAGAGGAAACAAUUGCAGAGAUCUCCAAAGAUGAAAUGACGACAAUGAUGCUCAAACAAGAGGUUCACGAGAACCUUCAGAAAUCUGAAGAAGGUGCCUACAUUGGACUGCAGAUCAAAGAGGAAGAUUGUACAGCAAAGGACAACUUUGCAGAAUCUGUAGAAGAAGAAGAAACAAAAGAGGAUUGCUGUCAUGUGGAGGAAAAGCAACAUGAUAUAGAGGCAAGUGAAGAGUAUGAAACUGCUGGAGCAAGUACAAACACAGAAAAUCAGAUUAUAGAGGAAAGUGUCAUCAUAGACCUCCAUUCUUUAACAGAUGAAGAAAACUUAAAAGGAGAUGAAAGGGAUGUAAUAAAAUCAAAAGAUGAGGUCAAAAACUUGAAAAUGGAAAGCCAAGAGAAGAAUCUUGAGACCACAAAUUCGACAGAGGAAAGAAAACUCGAAGCCGCAAAGGAUGAGGCAAAGCCAAACGAGAACUGCAAUGCUCAAAGUAUUGCAGGGACAUCAGAAGAAGAAAUACUGCCAAAAGAAUGCAACGAAGACCUUGUUGAACGUUCCUCCACGGUGCCUGAGGUAUCUGAGAAAGAGAUUAAAGAGGAAAUUUCACAGAAAGCAGAGUCAAUAAAAGAAACAAGCUUUAAGGAAGCCAAAGCAGAAGAUGGAAUGCAGGUGGAAUGUUUUGAUCUGACUUCUGAGGAGAAGAGUACAGUGACUAUUGAAACCGGUGAGACUAGGUCAGACAGUGUAGAUAUCAUAGCAAAACCUGAAGAAAUGUCCAACUCAAUUGAGAAUAAGGACAUGGUGAACCCAACAGGAAAACAUGGAGCAGAUGAAGCCAGAGAAGAGAUAGAGCAUGAAAUGCAAAAUGAGACUCAUUGUACAUUACCAAAAAGUGAAGAUCAAAUAGAGGUUGCCACUGAUGAGACACCCUCAAAUGACAUAUCAGGACAAAACCUUGAGUCAUCUUUGACAGUGUCACUGGAAAAACAUAACCUUGUGACAACUGAAGCAAGUGAGACAAAAAAAGAGACUACAGAGAGACAUGGAACCUCGAAAACCAAUGAAGAAGCUCCUUCAGUGUCAGAGACGACAGAAGAGAAGCUAAUGCAAAAUGAGAAGUCCACAGAUUCAAUAUAUGGCGCUGAUAUGGCCCACAUGGGAUCUGUAGAUAUUGAAAAGGACAUGGCAAACAAAGAAGUUCAGGAUGCAGAACAAGAGCUCAAUAUGCCUCUUGAGUUGAACAAUGAAAAAGGUACCUCUGAAUCAGAUGCUGAACUCCUAAAGAGGGAAAAAAGCAGUGAAGUAGCCGAUGGCAGUGAGAUUGGCAAAAAAUAUGAGAAGGCACUGGAUAUUGAACUGGAAAAGGACAAAUUUGAAGAUCCAGUCGAUGAGGGCUCGAAGUGUGCUAAAGCAUGUGAAACAAAUACAGACACUGAAGUGGAGGCAGGGAGUUAUAGUCAUGGAAGCGAGGCCUCUGACAUUAGAAGUAUUAGCACUUCUACAGAAGAGGUUUCUGCAGAAGUUGAUAGACCUGAAGAAAAUGAAAACAUCAAAGAAAUAGAGGGAGAGAGUUGCACAAAAGAACUUCAUAUGAUAUCUGGUGGGACAGUUCAUGAGGUCAAAGACCCAGAGCUAGAACUCCCUGAGCAUCCAGAAACAACAGGUUCUAAUAAGGAUACAGAAACAGUGAGAUCAAAGGAUGAAGAAGAUAUCAAUUGGGAGUCAGAAGCAUCUGCCAUGACAAAAACAUGUUUAGAAGAAGAAUUGAAGAAAGCCAAUGAGAAUCCUGUGGAUGUCUCAAGCUCAGUACCUGAAGGGAUAGAAGAAAAGAUUAAAGAAGAGGAAGUAGAAGAAACAGGUAACUGUAAUGACAAGACUGAUGCUGCAGCAAAAGUAGUAACAAAAGAAACAAGUUUGGAGGAAAUUCAGCAAGAUGACAAGUCUGUAAAGGCCUCUGAUACCAGUUCAGAGACUAAGAUUCUAGAAACAAUCCAAACUACAGAGCCUAGCCUACAGGAUGAAGAAAUUGACAGCAUGAAACUUGCAGAAACCUCUCAAAUGGUGUAUCAACUUCCGAAGAUUGAACAUGGAAAUCUAGAAAAAGGGAGUACAAACUUAAAAAACUCAGAUGCGGAUGAAGCUGUCAAAACCAAAAUUCUUGAUGCAGUUCCUGAGUGCAAAGAUCAGUGUGUUGAGGAAACUCGUGAGCCUGGUACAAGGCUAGCAGUACGAAACACUGACACAGAUGAAAUCGAAGAAGAGAUCAAAAAAGUUCCCGAACCAAUAUCAGAACCCAAAGCACUUACUGAUGGUGAGGUCACCUCUAAUCAGACUCUCCAAGCUGAGAAAUUAGAGGACGAAACUGAAACCAUCAAAGAAAAGAUCAUAGAUGGAGAGAGUUGCACAAAGGAACAUCAUAUGAUAUCUGGUGGAACAGUUAAUGAGGUCAAAGACCCAGAGCUAAAACCCCCUGAGAAUCUUGAAACAAAAGAUUCUAAUAAGGACACAGAAACAGUGAGAUCAAAGGAUGAAGAAGAUCUCAAUUGGGAGUCAGAAGUACCUGCCAUAACAACAGCAUUUUCAGAAGAAGAAUUGAAGAAAGACAGUGAGAAGCCAGUGGAUGUCUCAAGCCCGGUGCCUGAAGAAAUAGAUGAAAAGAUUGAAGAAGAGAAAUUAGAAGCAGCGGACAAGACUGAUGCUGCAGCAACAGUGGUAAUAAAAGAAACAAGCAUGGGGGAUAUUCAGCAAGAUGACAAGUCUGUAAAGGCCCCUGAAACCAGUCCAGAUUCUGAGACUCCAGCAACAAUUCAAACGAUUGAAUCUAGCCUACACGGUGAAGAAAAUGCCAGCAUGAACCUUGAAGAAACCUCUCAUUUGGUGUAUCAACUUCCAAAGAUUGAAGAAACCACACAUAAGGCUGAUACAAGCCUACCAGUAGGAAACACUGCCACAGAUGAAAUUGGAGAAGAGAUCAAAAAAGUUCCUGAACCAAUAUCUGAACCCAGAUAUAACAAUGUGGAAGCACUUACUGAUGGUGAGGUCACCUCUAAUCAGACUCUCCCAGCUGCGAAAUUAGAAGACGAAUCUGAAACCAUCAAAGAAAAUAUCUUAGAUGGAGAGAGUUGCACUAUGGAACUUCAUAUGAUAUCUAGUGGAACAGUUAAUGAGGUCAAAGACACAGAGCUAAAACCCCCUGAGAAUCUUGAAACAACAGAUUCUAAUAAGGAUACAGAAACAGUGAGAUCAAAGGAUGAAGAAGAUCUCAAUUGGGAGUCAGAAGUACCUGCCAUAACAAAAGCAUUUUCAGAAGAAGAAUUGAUGAAAGCCAGUGAGAAGCAUGUGGAUGUCUCAAGCCCGGUACCUGAAGAGAUAGAUGAAAAGAUUGAAGAAGAGAAAUUAGAAGCGGACAAGGCUGAUGCUGCAGCAACAGUGGUAACGAAAGAAACAAGCUUGGGGGAAAUUCAGCAAGAUGACAGGUCUGUAAAGGCCUUUGAUACCAGUCCAGACUCAGAGACUCUAGCAACAAUUCAAACAACUGAAUCUAGCCUACAGGGCGGAGAAAAUGCCAGCAUAAAGCUUGAAGAAACCUCUCAAAUGGUGUAUGAUAAAUUGCUAUCUGGUGGAACAGUUAAUGAGGUCAAUGACACACAGCUAAAACCCCCUGAGAAUCUUGAAACAACAGAUUCUAAUAAGGAUACAGAAACAGUGAGAUCAAAGGAUGAAGAUCUCAAUUGGGAGUCAGAAGUACCUGCCAUAACAAAAACAUUUUCAGAAGAAGAAUUGAAGAAAGCCAGUGAGAAGCAUGUGGAUGUCUCAAGCCCAGUACCUGAAGAGAUAGAUGAAAAGAUUGAAGAAGAGAAAUUAGAAGAAGCGGACAAGAAUGAUCCUGAAGCAACAGUGGUAACAAUAGAAACAAGAUUGGGGGAAAAAAAAGAAACAAGCUUCGGGGAAAUUCAGCAAGAUGACAAGUUUGUAAAGGCAUCUGAUACCAGUCCAGAUUCUAAGACUCUAGUACCAAUUCAAACAAUUGAAUCUGGCCUACACGGUGAAGAAAAUGCCAGCAUGAACCUUGAAGAAACCUCUCAAAUGGUGUAUCGACUUCCAAAUAUUGAAGAAUCCCCUCAUGAGGCUGGUACAAGUCUACCAGUAGGAAACACUGCCAAAGAUGAAAUUGAAGAAGAGAUCAAAAAAGUUCCUGAAGCAAUAUCUGGACCCAGGUAUAACAAUAUCGAAGCAGUAACUGAUGGUGAGGUCAUCUCUAAUCGGACUCUCCCAGCCGAGAAAUUAGAAAACGAAACUGAAACCAACAAAGAAAGGAUCGUAGAUGGACAGAGUUGCACUAUGGAACUUCAUACGAUAUCUGGUGGAACAGUUAAUGAGGUCAAAGACACAGAGCUAAAACCCCCUGAGAAUCUUGAAACAACAGAUUCUAAUAAGGAUACAGAAACAGUGAGAUCAAAGGAUGAAGAAGAUCUCAAUUGGGAGUCAGAAGUACCUGCCAUAACAAAAGCAUUUUCAGAAGAAGAAUUGAUGAAAGCCGGUGAGAAGCAUGUGGAUGUCUCAAGCCCGGAACCUGGAGAGAUAGAUGAAAAGAUUGAAGAAGAGAAAUUAGAAGCAGACAAGACUGAUGCUGCCGCAACAGUGGAAACGAAAGCAACAAGCUUGUGGGAAAUUCAGCAAGAUGACAAGUCUGUAAAGGCCUUUGAUACCAGUCCAGACUCAGAGACUCUAGCAACAAUUCAAACGACCGAAUCUAGCCUACAGGGGGAAGAAAAUGCCAGCAUGAAGCUUGAAGAAACCUCUCAACUGGUGUAUCAACUUCCAAAUAUUGAAGAAACCCCUCAUGAGGCUGUUACAAGCCUACCAGUACAAAACAAUUGGGAGUCAGAAGUAGUGGGAUCAAAGGAUGAAGAAGAUCUCAAUUGGGAGUCAGAAGUACCUGCCAUAACAAAAUCAUUUUCAGAAGAAGAAUUGAUGAAAGCCAGUGAGAAGCCUGUGGAUGUCUCAAGCUCGGUACCUGAAGAGAUAAAUGAAAAGAUUGAAGAAGAGAAAUUAGAAGAAGCGGACAAGACUGAUGCUGUAGCAAAACUGGUAACAAGAGAAACAAGCUUGGGAGAAAUUCAGCAAGACGACAAGUCUGUAAAGGCCUUUGAUACCAGUCCAGACUUGCAGGCUCUAGCAACAAUUCAAACAACUGAAUCUAGCCUACAGGGUGACGAAAAUGCCAGCAUGAAGUUUGAAGAAACCUCUCAAAUGGUAUAUCAACUUCCAAAUAUUGAAGAAACCCCUCAUGAGGCUGGUACAAGCCUACCAGUAGGAAACACUACCACAGAUGACAUGGAAGAAGAGAACAAAAAAGUUCCUGAAGCAAUAUCUGGACCCGGGUAUAACAAUAUUGAAGCAGUUACUGAUGGUGAGGUCAUCUCUAAUCAGACUCUCCCGGCUGAGAAAUUAGAAGAUGAAACUGAAACCAUCAAAGAAAAUAUCAUAGAUGGAGAGAGUUGCACAAAGAAACUUCAUAUGAUAUGUGGUGGAAUAGUGAAUGAGGUCAAAGACACAGAGCUAAAACCCCCUGAGAAUCUUGAAACAACAGAUUCUAAUAAGGAUACAGAAACAGUGAGAUCAAAGGAUGAAGAAGAUCUCAACUGGGAGUCAGAAGAACCUGCCAUAACAAAAUCAUUUUCAGAAGAAGAAUUGAUGAAUGCCAGUGAGAAGCCUGUGGAUAUCUCAAGCUCAGUACCUGAAGAGAAAGAUGAAAAUAUUGAAGAAGAGAAAAUAGAAGAAGCGGACAAGACUGAUGCUGCAGCAAAACUGGUAACAAGAGAAACAAGCUUGGGAGAAAUUCAGCAAGACGACAAGUCUGUCAAGGCCUUUGAUACCAGUCCAGACUUGGAGACUCUACCAACAAUUCAAACAACUGAAUCUAGCCUACUGGGUGAAGAAAAUGCCAGCAUGAAGUUUGAAGAAACCUCUCAAAUGGUAUAUCAACUUCCAAAUAUUAAAGAAACCCCUCAUGAGGCUGGUACAAGCCUACCAGUAGGAAACACUACCGCAGAUGAAAUUGAAGAAGAGACCAAAAAAGUUCCUGAAGCAGUAUCUGGACCCGGGUAUAACAAUAUUGAAGCAGUUACUGAUGGUGAGGUCAUCUCUAAUCAGACUCUCCCAGCUGAGAAAUUAGAAGACGAAACUGAAACCAUCAAAGAAAAGAUCGUAGAUGGAGAGAGUUGCACAAAGGAACUUCAUAUGAUAUCUGGUGGAACAGUUAAUGAGGUCAAAGACACAGAGCUAAAACCCCCUGAGAAUCUUGAAACAACAGAUUCUAAUAAGGAUACAGAAACAGUGAGAUCAAAGGAUGAACAAGAUCUCAAUUGGGAGUCAGAAGUACCUGCCAUAACAAAAUCAUUUUCAGAAGAAGAAUUGAUGAAAGCCAGUGAGAAGCCUGUGGAUGUCUCAAGCUCGGUAUCUGAAGAGAUAGAUGAAAAGAUUGAAGAGAAAUUAGAAGAAGCGGACAAGACUGAUGCUGCAGCAAAACUGGUAACAAGAGAAACAAGCUUGGGAGAAAUUCAGCAAGAUGACAAGUCUGUAAAGGCCUUUGAUACCAGUCCAGACUUGGAGACUCUGGCAACAAUUCAAAUAACUGAAUCUAGCCUACAGGGUGAAGAAAAUGCCAGCAUGAAGUUUGAAGAAACCUCUCAAAUGGUAUAUCAACUUCCAAAUAUUGAAGAAACCCUUCAUGAGGCUGGUACAAGCCUACCAGUAGGAAACACUACCACAGAUGAAAUUGAAGAAGAGACCAAAAAAGUUCCUGAAGCAGUAUCUGGACCCGGGUAUAACAAUAUUGAAGCAGUUACUGACGGUGAGGUCAUCUCUAAUCAGACUCUCCCAGCUGAGAAAUUAGAAGACGAAACUGAAACCAUCAAAGAAAAGAUCGUAGAUGGAGAGAGUUGCACAAAGGAACUUCAUAUGAUAUCUGGUGGAACAGUUAAUGAGGUCAAAGACACAAAGCUAAAACCCCCUGAGAAUCUUCAAACAACAGAUUCUAAUAAGGAUACAGAAACAGUGAGAUCAAAGGAUGAAGAAGAUCUGAAUUGGGAGUCAGAAGUACGUGCCAUAACAAAAUCAUUUUCAGAAGAAGAAUUGAUGAAAGCCAGUGAGAAGCCUGUGAAUGUCUCAAGCUCAGCACCUGAAGAGAUAGAUGAAAAGAAUGAAGAAGAGAAAUUAGAAGAAGUGGACAAGACUGAUGCUGCAGCAAAAAUGGUAACAAGAGAAACAAGUUUGGGAGAAAUUCAGCAAGACGACAAGUCUGUAAAUGCCUUUGAUACCAGUCCAGACUUGCAGACUCUAGCAACAAUUCAAACAACUGAAUCUAGCCUACAGGGUGAAGAAAAUGCCAGCAUAAAGUUUGAAGAAACCUCUCAAAUGGUAUAUCAACUUCCAAAUAUUGAAGAAACCCCUCAUGAGGCUGGUACAAGCCUACCAGUAGGAAACACUACCACAGAUGAAAUUGAAGAAGAGAACAAAAAAGUUCCUGAAGCAAUAUCUGGACCCGGGUAUAACAAUAUUGAAGCAGUUACUGAUGGUGAGGUCAUCUCUAAUCAGACUCUCCCAGCUGAGAAAUUAGAAGACGAAACUGAAACCAUCAAAGAAAAGAUCGUAGAUGGAGAGAGUUGCACUAUGGAACUUCAUAUGAUAUCUGGUGGAACAGUUAAUGAGGUCAAAGAGACACAGCUAAAACCCCCUGAGAAUCUUGAAACAACAGAUUCUAAUAAGGAUACAGAAACAGCGAGAUCAAAGGAUGAAGAAGAUCUCAAUUGGGAGUCAGAAGUACCUGCCAUAACAAAAGCAUUUUCAGAAGAAAAAUUGAUGAAAGUCGGUGAGAAGCCUGUGGAUGUCUCAAGCCCGGUACCUGAAGAGAUAGAUGAAAAGAUUGAAGAAGAGAAAUUACAAGAAGCGGAUAAGACUGAUGCUGCAGCAACAGUCGUAACAAAAGAAACAAGCUUGGGGGAAAUUCAGCAAGAUGACAAGUCUGUAAAGGCCUUUGAUACCAGUCCAGACUCGGAGGCUCCAGCAACAAUUCAAACAGCUGAAUCUAGCCUACAGGGUGAAGAAAAUGCCAGCAUGAAGCUUGAAGAAACCUCUCAAAUGGUGAAUCAACUUCCAAAAAUUGAAGAAACCCGUCAUGAGGCUGGUACAAGCCUACCAGUAGGAAACACUGCCACAGAUGAUAUUGAAGAAGAAGUCAAAAAAGUUCCUGAAGCAAUAUCUGGACCCGGGUAUAACAAUAUCGAAGCAGUUACUGAUGGUGAGAUCAUCUCUAAUCAGACUCUCCCAGCUGAGAAAUUAGAAGACGAAACUGAAACCAUCAAAGAAAAGAUCAUAGAUGGAGAGAGUUGCAGUACGGAACUUCAUAUGAUAUCUGGUGGAACAGUUAAUGAGGUCAAGGACCCAGAGCUAGAACCCCCUGAGAAUCUUGAAACAACAGAUUCUAAUAAGGAUACAGAAACAGUGGGAUUAGAGGUUGAAGAAAAUUCCAAUUGGGAGUCAGAACCAUCUGCCAUAACAAAAGCAUUUACAGAAGAAGAAUUGAAGAUAGCCACUGAGAAGCAUGUGGAUGUCUCGAGCUCGGUACCUGAAGAGGUAGAAGAAAAGAUUAAAGAAGAGAAAGUAGAAGUAGCAGACAAUACUGAUGCUGCAGCAACAGUGGUAACAAAAGAAACAAGCUUGGGGGAAAUUCAGGAAGGUGACAAAUCUGUAAAGGCCUUUGAUACCAGUCCAGAUUCCGAGUCCGAGGGUCAGUGUGUUGAGGAGACUUGUGAGAUUGGUACAAGCCUAACAGCAGGAAAGAUUGACACAAGUGAAACUGAAGAAGAGAUUAAAAAAGUUCCUGAAACAAUAUGUGAACCCAGAUAUAACAGUUUUGAAGCAGGUAUUGAUGGUGAGAUCGACUCUAAUCAGACUCUCCCAGCAAAGGAAAUAGAAGAGCAGCUUCAGGUUCCAUCCUCUGCCUUGCUAUUUAAGGAACAGGACCAUGACAUGAUGACCACAAUUGAAAAGAUAGAAGAUGGAGGCGCAAAGAAUAAUGAAACAGAACUUGACAGCAUGAAGCUUGAAGAAACUUCCGGCAUGGAGUCUCAGCUUCUGACAACUGAACAUGAGAAUGCAGACCAGUUCAGUGGAGAGAAGUCAGAUGCAGCUGAAAUCAAACUAGAACAAACUAAAAUUCCUGACUCAGUAACUGAGUCCAAAGUUCAGAGUUGUGAAGAGAUUCAUGAGACUGGGAGAUGUCUGGCUAUGGAAAAGAUUGAUGCAGACGAAACUGAACAAGAAAUCAAAGAAAUUCCUGCAACAAUAUCUGGAACCAGAAAUCAAGGUGUUGAAUCGGUUACCAAUGAUGAGAUGACCCCUAAUCACACUCUCCCAGCUGAGAAUUUAGAAGAGCAACUUCAGGUGCCAUAUUCAGCUUCGCUUUACAAGGAACAGGAAUGUGAAACUACAACCACAAUCGAGAAGUUAGAAGAUGACAGUACAAAGAAAGAAAUUGACAGCAUAAUUAUUGAAGAAACAUCAGGCAUGGUAUCUCAACUUCCAAUAAUGGACAUGAGUGCAACUGUAGAAAAGUUAGAUGCAAAUGAAGUGAAAAUUGAAGAAACCAAAACUUUUGAUGCAGUAUGUGAGUCCAAAGAUCAGGGUGUUGAAGAUAUUUAUGAGACUGGGACAAUAACUGUGGAAAAGAAUGAUGCAGAUGAAAUGGUAGAAGAAAUCAAAGAAGUUCCUGAAACAAUUUCUGAACAUAUAUAUCAAGGUGCCGAAACAGCAAGUGAUCGUGAGAUCACCCCUGAGCAGACUUUCCCAGCUGGAGAAAUGGACGAGCAACUUCAGAUGCCAUCCUCUCUCUUGCUUCCCAAGGAACAAGAACAUGAAACUACAACCACAAUGAAGAGGAUAGAAGAUGAGAGCACAAAGAAAGAUGAAGAAGAAAUUGGCAACAUGAAACUUGAAGAAAGCUCUGCCAUGGCGUCUCAGCUUCCAAAAAUUGAUUGUGAAGUUGCAGACAAUGUGAAUGUAACAGUAGAAACUUCCAAAGCAGAUGAACUUGAAGUUGAAGAAACCAAAAUUUCUAUAGAAGCAAAUGAUUCCAAAGAUCAUGGUGUUGAAGAAAUUCAUGAGUCUGAGACAAGCCUAACGGUGGGAAAGACUGAUAUAGACACUAUAGAAGAAAUCAAAGAAGUUCCCAAAAUAAUAUCUGGGCCUAAAUAUCAAGGACUUGAAGCAUUUACUGAAGGUGGGAUAACCCCUGAACAAACUCUCCCACCUGGGAAAUCAGAACAGCAACUUCAGGAACCAUCCCCUGUCUUCCUGUUCAACGAAAAUGACGGAACAAAGAAAGAUCACACUCAAGUUAAUGAGGACUUAGAUAGUUCCUCAGCCACAGGGACAGUGGAAGAAACAUGCUUUCAGAAGGAAAAGCCCAGAGAGCUUGGAGUUUCUGAAUUGGAGCUCAAACUUACCGAAGAAACAAAGAAGGAUAGUCCAAAUGAAGCACAGAAGGAAGAAAAAACAGUUCUUGAAGGCUCCCCAGCAGUAGAGCCUCAAGUUUAUGUCUCUGAGAUAACAAAUGCUGAUCUUCCAUCAGACACUGAGAAAAGAUACAUCCAGUGUAGCUCACAGGAGACUUUGAAAGAUGAAAACAUUCUGGAUUCUGAGAACCCGAACAAGGAAGCUGAUGAUUUACCUAGUUCCCAUUCAACAGUCAAAGAGAUCUUACCAGGGGAGGAGGUUGAAAAGUGUGAGGAAGCCUCUAAUCUCGGGUUUGAGAAGACUGGAAAGGUUCUUGAAUUAGUGUCCGAAGUUCACAGUCCUGAUGUACUCACUAAACCAGAAGAGACAAAAAUAACAGAAGAGCCACUCGGGGCAGCAACAGGUGAACUGAGGACAAAAGACAAUCAGAGUGAGGAAAUAACUGAAGCAAGUGAGACCAUAAAGAACGAACUUUCAAGUAAAAAGAUCAAAGAGGCUGAUGACGAAAGAGUCACAACAAGCAACCAAGAAGAUGAAAUAAAUGCAGAAGAAUAUUCAGGAGAAAAGACAGAUGAAAAAACUGAGAUCACAGAGAAAGGAAUUUCAAAUAAGGAGUUCGAUGAACUUGAAAAAAUGGAUGUGAACAAAAAUGUUGAAGAAAUAAUCGUGGGCGAAGAUAGAGCUGUUGAGAGAACUUACCAAGUUUCAGAUGGGGAUGGAACAGCUAGUAAUAGCCUUCUAGAAGAAGCAGAGGAGAAAAAUAAUGCCAAGAGAGCACAUACUGAUUUAGACAUUAAAGAUCAGGGUGAUGAAACAAUGCGUAGAGACAUAGCAGCAGAAGCCACAGCUCUAAAGCUAACAAAUGCUGAUCUUCCAUCAGACACUGAGAAAAGCUACAUCCAGUGUAGCUCACAGGAGACUUUGAAAGAUGAGGACAUUCUGGAUUCUGAGAACCCAAACAAGGAAGCUGAUGAUUUACCUAGUUCCCAUUCAACAGUCAAAGAGAUCUUACCAGGGGAGGAGGUUGAAAAGUGUGAGGAAGCCUCUAAUCUUGGGUUUGAGAAGACUGGAAAGGUUCUUGAAUCAGUGUCCGAAGUUCACAGUCCUGAUGUACUCACUAAACCAGAAGAGAUGAAAAUAACAAAAGAGCCACUCGGGGCAGCAACAGGUGAACUGAGGACAAAAGACAAUCAGAGUGAGGAAAUAACUGAAGCAAGUGAGACCAUAAAGAAUGAACUUUCAAGUAAAAAGAUCAAAGAGGCUGAUGACGAAAGAGUCACAACAAGCAACCAAGAAGAUGAAAUAAAGGCAGAAGAAUAUUCAGGAGAAAAGACAGAUGAAAAAAUUGAGAUCACAGAGAAAGGAAUUUCAAAUAAGGAGUUUGAUGAACUUGAAAAAACGGAUGUGAACAAAAAUGUUGAAGAAAUAACCGUGGGCGAAGAUAGAGCUGUUGAGAGCACUUACCAAGUUUCAGAUGGGGAUGGAACAGCUAGUAAUAACCUUCUAGAAGAAGCAGAGGAGAAAAAUAAUGCCAAGAGAGCACAUACUGAUUUAGACAUUAAAGAUCAGGGUGAUGAAACAAAGUCUAGAGACAUAGCAGCAGAAGCCACAGCUCUAAAGCUACCAAAUGCUGAUCUUCCAUCAGACACUGAGAAAAGAUACAUCCAGUGUAGCUCACAGGAGACUUUGAAAGAUGAGGACAUUCUGGAUUCUGAGAACCCGAACAAGGAAGCUGAUGAUUUACCUAGUUCCCAUUCAACAGUCAAAGAGAUCUUACCAGGGGAAGAGGUUGAAAAGUGUGAGGAAGCCUCUAAUCUCAGGUUUGAGAAGACUGGAAAAGUUCUUGAAUUAGUGUCCGAAGUUCACAGUCCUGAUGUACUCACUAAACCAGAAAAGAUGAAAAUAACAGAAGAGCCACUCGGGGCAGCAAUAGGUGAACUGAGGACAAAAGACAAUCAGAGUGAGGAAAUAACUGAAGCAAGUGAGACCAUAAAGAAUGAACUUUCAAGUAAAAAGAUCAAAGAGGCUGAUGAUGAAAGAGUCACAACAAGCAACCAAGAAGAUGAAAUAAGGGCAGAAGAAUAUUCAGGAGAAAAGACAGAUGAAAAAACUGAGUUCACAGAGAAAGGAAUUUCAAAUAAGGAGUUCGAUGAACUUGAAAAAACGGAUGUGAACAAAAAUGUUGAAGAAAUAAUCGUGGGCGAAGAUAGAGCUGUUGAGAGCACUUACCAAGUUUCAGAUGGGGAUGGAACAGCUAGUAAUAACCUUCUAGAAGAAGCAGAGCAGAAAAAGAAUGCCAGGAGAGCACAUACUGAUUUAGACAUUAAAGAUCAGGGUGAUGAAACCAAGUGUAGAGACAUAGCAGCAGAAGCCGCGGUUCAAAGUAAAGAGGUUGACGGCUCUGAGGUCGUAUUGGUAAAGCCCAAUGAGGACAGAAUAGGUGCUAUUGACAAAGAAAUUGUGAUCAGAAAGGAUGAAGAAUCACAAAACAGCAACCUUGAUGAUCUACCAGUGAGAGACGCAGCGGCAGAAGAAGCGGCAGAUAAAAGAGUAGGUGAGAAAAUUGAGGAAGUUCCUGAACCUGCACCUAGAGAACCAACUUACAAAAUCAUCAAAACACAAGAAGAAAACAAAGAAACUGCCAUGGCAAACACCAAUAAUUCAGAGAGCGUCAUGGACAAUGAGAGGCCUCAGCACACAUCUCUUGAGUGGGCAUGCAGUGGAAGUGAUGCUAUAGAAGGCUUGAACCUGAAAGAACAAGAGGCUUAUGCAAGUGAACAAAGCACUUUAUCUCACACUGAAACUUCACGAAAAGAAAUGGAAGAUAACGAGAGUGAGAAAACAGUAGAUGAGAAACAAAAUGAUCUCAAAUUUGACGACCAAAAAACAGAUGAAGUGGGUAUAGAAGGAGGAGGAAAGAACAUUACAUGUGAGGGAGAGCACAGACAUGAUGAGGAUCAAGUAAAGCUUUCAACAAGGGGAAAUGAGAGCAAGCUUGAUGAAGCUGAGGUUCACAAUACAAUAACUGCAAUUGAAGGAGAAAGUCAAGUUCAAGAUGAAGAGCUACGCCUCAACGUUUUGGCAGAUAUCAAGGAUUCAAUCAUGACGAUAUCACAAGAAGAUGGCAUAGUGGAUCUUGCAGAAGACAAUGAAACCCCUAAAGAUACACCAGUGUUAAAGACAACCACUCUUGCAUUGUCAGAUCAGCACAUUCCAAGAGAAUCAGAUGCAAAUGAGGGCAUAGAAGCUACAGUCUCAAUUGGCAACAAAGAUGUAACACCAGUGCAACAGGACCCAAUUGCAAAAACGUUCCAGAAUCCUGAGGAAGAUGAUUUGAAAGCUGAAAAUGCUUCAGGGGCUGAACUUGAAGAAAAAAGAGCGGAGUGUGGAGAAGAGAAAAGGAUGGGUGAUGAGUGUGAAGAAAAAACAGAAAAAUCAACAUCAAUUGAGUCAACUCAGAUUUCAUUAUCUGACCUCCUGCAGGGAACAACAAAAGAAACCUCGCAAGUUGCAAAGCAUUUGACUGAGGAGAGAGAACUCUUGGUCAACAAAGAACUGCAAACUGAGAAAGCAGAAAUAGCUCGAGUGGAAGAAGCUAAAACUAUUGAUGACAGAGAUGAAGUAGUAGGAGGAGAAGAACACAAAAGGGAAGACUCGGGUUCCGAUGCUCCAGUCAUGGUAGAAGCCUCAAGAGAUGUGGAUGUCAAAAUUGUAAAUAAGAAAUCUCAUAAUAUACUGUCAGGUGUUGGGUCAAAGGUCAAGCACUCGAUUGCCAAGGUGAAGAAAGUCAUCACUGGUAAGGCUUCUCAGUGUUCUCACCCAAGGACACAAAGUCAUCACUGGUAAGGCUUCUCAGUGUUCUCACCCAAGGACACAAAGGCAUCACUGGUAAGGCUUCUCAGUGUUCUCACCCAAAGAAACAGCCACCAAAAUGAACUAAAACAAAAAAAAAAAAACAAAAAAUGGUGAUAUUAAACAGUUCAUUUGAUGGUUGGUUGAUGCAAAAUAAAAUAUGCAGAAAGGGCUUGCUGGUAGUUUAACCUUGUUAUUAGAUUACCAAGGUUUUAGUUUGGUGUGUAUUUGUCCAGUUUGAAUAAGUUCAUAAAUUUUAUUUGUACAAAGUUAGUUAAAGGCUGACAGUUGUAAUACAUUAUCAGUUUUCAUAUUGUGGACUACAUUCCUGCUA